CGCCCUAAUGGUCAAGCAGGAUGUAUGAAGAUUUCAAUUGUAAGCGAUACUUUGUUUACGUUCAACGACUCUCCGAUGCAUUCCAUCGGAGUUUGUAUACCUCAAGGGCACCUGACCUGUUCAAACCGCUGCAUUGCCUGAACUCGCGAAUUUCGUCAAAGAUAUUCUUAGCGCCAUUUGAAUACGUCUGUUUUUAUCGCGUAGAAAGUGUUUUAAACGAGUAGUUUAGAAUCAGUCCGGAUAGAAAUGGAAUUGCUAUCGGAUCAAGAACGUCAGAAUGACGAACUCUUUGCUCUGGAGUGUAUCGAUAUUGCCGACGAAUUCAAAUAUAAAAGGAACUCCGAUUCUCGUUUCGAAUGCUCCUUUUCUUUACGUUGCAAACUGGUAAAGAAUAAUAUCGAAAUUUUUCAAAAUUUUCAUCAAACGUUACAGAGUGAAUGUGCAGACCAACAUUUUGGGCAUGUUCUAAAGGAUGAAAACGACAACAUUAUCCACAGUGAUGAGCCAUCCGAAACGAGCAAAGGUGAGAAAAACAUCAUUCGUUAUUUGCCACCUGUCAGGCUGUAUGUGCAGCUUCCUUCAAACUAUCCAUCAGUAAGUUGUCCAAUGUUCAAUUUGGCCAUAAAUUGGCUGGCACCAUGGGUGGUCUCAAUCGUAUGUCAAAAACUGGAUGAUAUGUGGACUGCGAAUGAAUAUUCUGAAAUUCUCUACACUUGGAUUGAUUUUUUGAAAUAUGAAUUGCUAAAUUUCCUCAACAUUAUUGAUUAUAUAGAUGUAUCAUAUUUGUAUGGUCUAUUCUUGAUGCCAGAAAAUGAUGAUUUGUUAGACCUUAUGAAAAUUAAGGACCGUAGGAUAAUUUAUGGAGGAUUGUUUCUCGAUCCUAUAGAGAAAUUAUUAGAAAACAAUAGAUUAUGUGAUCAUGAGGAAUUUAAAUCUAAUAAACAUGAGUGUAGUAUAUGUUUCAUUGAGAAUAAAGGAACGGAAAGCUUAAAAAUGGAACCUUGCAAUCAUAUCUAUUGUGAAAAGUGCAUGGAGGAAUAUUUAAUUGUAAAGAUUAAUCAGCGAGAUAUUCAAAAUAUUACUUGUCCAACUAUGAAUUGCUUAAUAAUUAUAAAUUCUAAUAUUAUAAAACAAUACUGCCCUCCAGAGUCAUACGAUAAAUAUGAGCAAUGCUUAUAUGAGCUUCAGUUAUCAAAACAAGGAAAAGUUGUACAUUGUCCAAGAAAAUUUUGCCAGAAUUUAGUGCUUGUUGUAGAAGAAGAUGGCUUAGCAUCAUGCAAAGCAUGCCAACACCAUUUUUGUGCAUUUUGCUUCAAAACAUAUCAUGGUGUUAUGCCUUGUGACAUGAAAAAUCAAGAAAAACUAAAAUUAAUUCAAGAAUAUCAAAAUGGUGACUAUAAAAAGAAAAAGUAUUUAGAAAAAAUACAUGGCAGAAAACAAAUAAAGGAAAUUGUUGAAAAUCAACUUUCUACAGAUUAUUUGAAGGAACGUACCAAAAAAUGUCCCACUUGUGGUAUUCUAACAGCCAAAGUUAGCGGGUGUAAUUUGUUAAAUUGUUCUUACUGUUACACAAAGUUUUGUUGGAUCUGUAAUUGUAAAAUAGUUAUUAAAGAUGGUUACGAUCACUUUAAAUCUACUUCUAUUGGUGCCUGCAAAGGUAGAUUGUUUGAUGAUGUUGAUGAAUAUGAAGAUUUUCAUGAAGAUUCUUCAGAAUACGAUGAAUUCGAAAGUGACUAUUCAGAUGAUAAUUUAGAUGCUUUAGACGAUUUUGAAUUGGAAGAAAAUCUUACAUAUUUCCAUGAAGAAACUGAAUUAAAAAUCUAA